AUGGCACUGGUCGAUUCGCAAGCGGCGUUUUCACUGCAUUGCGAUAAGAUUGAUGGGACAGGAUGGUUGAAGGCAACAAUGGCCCGCAACAACCUUAAGACGUUUUCUGAUCUUGGGUUUGCGGUUGGCACACCUCAGACGCCGGCGGCUCAAUCUGAGUUUGAUCAGUUUUGUGGCACAAUCAACAACGGCUUGGACAUGACGAUUUCGGAAGCUGCCAGGGUAAGACGUUUACAUUUUGAGGCGCUGAGUGAGACGCCUUCACCAAUGAAUCAGGCGAUGCCUCGCUUGAUGACGGAUCCCCGCAUUACUAUGCACUUGUUGCCACUCCCUACUCAUGCUGCCAGGGCUUCCUCUUCCACCACAACGCCUGCUCCUCCAAAGAAGGAGAACCCAGCAACCCCGAAAGGAAGGGGAAAAGUGCGUCAAAACAUGUCAGACAACAACAUGGCGGAUGACGCAUUGCAUGAGCAACAUGUUGAAAAUAUCGUUGCGAAGGAAUUUAACCUGCAGGAGGCCAAGAAAAAACUUAGGACUCUGCAAGAGACACAAGUUUCACAGGAAAGCGAUCUUAGCACACCUAAGGUGUCUGGGGGCGAGUCCAAGACGGACAGCUAUGCAGGAAAGUCUCUGGCGAACAUUUUGAUGGUUGAGCUGUACGCUGGGUCAGCGCGCUUGUCAAAGGCGUGCCAACAGGUUGGAGUACGCAGCAUAGCAGUGGACCAGACCACUCAACGAUCACAGGGCACUCGUAUUUUUGUUUGUGAUGUGACUGAUGAAGCAGAGCUUGGUAUGUUGCAAUCCUUCUUGAGUGCAGAGCAAGACAAUUUAGCAUGGGUGCACUUCGCACCUGCUUGUGGAACCGCUUCAAGGGCACGUGAGAAACCCAAUCGCAGCCUUGAGAAAGCCGGUUUCCGGGUACCCAAGCCUUGCAGGUCUGAUGAAUUUCCUCUGGGACUUCCCCAUUUGACUGGAACCGAUAAGGAGCGAGAAUUUUCUUUGCCAGCAGGUGCAAAGCUGGUGCAUAACGACUGGCUAAGUAGUAACUCAGGUGCUCAGGGACAAUUUGGAGAUGGAGCCCUCAGAGCUGGCAUUGGUGAGGUGGCCCGUGAAGGGAGCAAAGCAACAGGUUUUUCCAAGCAGUUCAAGAGCUUGGGGGUAGAGCUUGACUUAAGAGACUUCUGCAGGGCGGAGGCCCGGAUUGGGCACACUUCAGAAAGGCGGGAAGAGAUUGGCGCCGUGCUGGAUGAUAUCCUUAGAGCUUCAUGUGUUACCGCAAAACAGGCGGAAUCACUUAGGGGCCGUUUGCACUGGUUUGAAUCUUUCGCUUUUGGCCGUGUUGCCAAUGGAGCUGUGAAAACUUUGGGCGAUUUGUCGUUGCGGGGGUUGAAACAGAUUGUCUUGCGACCUCGAGAAAUCAGGGAUCUUUGUUUCUUGAGAGAUAGGGUGCUGCAAGCGCCACCUUUGAAGCUGACUCCGACCUGCCUCAUGUCUUGGGUCGUCUUUACGGAUGGAGCCUGCGAGGGUCCUGAUGGUGCCAAAACUGGCAGUAUCGGGGGAGUCCUGGUAUGCCCUCGCGGGACCUUGGUUCAAUUUUUCGGUGGUCAAGUGCCGGUUGACUUGAUGGAGCUUUUGCUUUCUAAGUCCAAGAACCCGAUUUAUGAACUGGAGGAGCCGACCUUUGUUCCACACACCAUUACUGGUAGUGACUUAUAUGGUACAUCGGUACGACUGGAUGGAACCGCACUUUCGGCCAUCAACUGGGCCGCGUGGGACGAAUAUAUGGAACGGUGUUCUGACAACCUUCCUGAUGUUUCCCCCCACAUGGGUGUACCGGUGCAGCAGCCCCGACUUCAUGGAGCCUAA